AUGUUCGUGCCAUUUUCAAAGACAGCACAAGCUUCGACGCAUAAUUGCUGGUGGUAUGUGGGUUACAGCAGCUAUGCUUUACUCCUUGGAUUAGGAGAGUUGGGUAAUAUCCAUGCACUUAGCUAUUGUACGAUACUAUGGGGGCUUAAUGGCCUUAUCCAAUCAAGUGGCAAUGUUUCAGUAAUGGGCAAGUGGUUUAACGAAAACGAACGAGGUGCAGUACUUGGAAUCUGGAGUGGAAAUGGAUGUCUUGGUAACACUGUCGUUACGGUCGUUGUCGCUUCAAUGUUUGCAUUGGUCGAGAAAGCAUUAGCAUGGAAAAUAGCUCUUGUGGUAGCAGCUGGACUGGACUCAAAGGAUGUAGCGUAUCGCUAUGAGCGAUCAGAAGACGCCAAACCAGAUGUAGCCAUCCACAAAGAUCAGACUGAAUUAAUGUAG